AGCCGAGAGAAUCAGUUGUUGUCAAUAGAUUGAACCGUGCAUUUAUCGUCUUAAACCGGCAAAACUAAUCCAGAAUCAAUAUGAAAUUCUUCUCCGUCGUCACAGUCUUCGUGCUGGGUCUGCUGGCUCUCGCCAACGCUGUUCCCCUGUCGCCCGAUCCAGGAAACGUGAUCAUCAAUGGUGACUGCAAAUACUGCAAUGUUCGCGGCAGCUAGUGCCUAUUUUUGUAAAAAUAUAAAUAACACAAUUUUUAUGUUUUCUACAUACAAUUUAUAAUCAAUACCAACCAAACAAAUACAACAUAAUACAAAUUUA